AUGAAAGAACUUCUUCGUCGUUAUCAAGGCUGUCCACGUCCGCCAACUAAAGCAACUGCAGCUCUCUUCAGCGCCGACGGCAGCCCCCUACUAACAGAGAAGACACAAAUUCUUCAGCGAUGGGCCGAGCAGUUCCGAGGCGUCUUCAACCGUCCCUCCAACAUCUCCGACACCGCCAUCGCCCGUCUGCCGCAAGUGGAGACCAACGCCGACCUCGACCUCGCGCCAUUUCUACACCAUCUCGGAAGAAAGCAUGCAAAUGAGUUUAAACCUCUUCGCCACCGCCUGAGAGAACGUCGGCCUUAUCAUCAGCAGGGUGAAGGCGAUGGCUAUGCAUCAACCCCCACCCGACCCUGCCCACGUAAUAACCCAGAGCAGCGUGGAAGAGCCCAUCUGCAAGCCGUGGGCAACUUCACCUAUCUGGGCAGCACCCUCACCCACGCAACCAAGAUCGACGAUGAAGUGGCCCACCGGAUUUCCAAGGUAAGUCAAGCCUUCGGCAAACUACAAAACACAGUUUGGAAUACACACGGUCUCCAUAUCAGCACCAAACUGAAGAUGUAUAAGGCAGUCACUUUACCGACGCUGCCGUACGGAGCGGAGACUUGGACGGUGUGCAAGAGGCAGACGCGGAGUCUCAACCACUUCUAACUCAGCUUUCUCCGGCGGAUAUUGUAGCUGAGGUGGCGGGACCGAAUCCCGGACACAGACGUACUGAAACGAACGGGAGUCCUCAGAAUCUGCACCGUGCUGAGGCAACCACAACGGCUCUGGAGCAGCCGUCUCAUGCGUUAACAACAAGCGUUUACCCAAACAGAUCUUCUAUGGGGAUGUCGCUGGGGGUUCUCCCCGACAAGGGGGUCAAGUAUGACACUACGAGGACCCUCUGAAGACUUCCUUGAGGCAUCUGCAAAUUGACCCGGCCAACUGGGAAAACCUCGCCCCGGACCGACCGAACUGGUGGAGGACGGUGAAGACAGGCGCAGCGAUCUAAGGAACCAACCGCAUCACCGCCGCCAAAGCCAAACGCGAGGCACGAAGGUCUCAACUGCGCCCACCUUGCUAUGCCGACAGUCAACCGUCCCCGACCUGCCCACGAUGCCAGCAGACGUUCCGGACAUCAACCGGUAUCAAUGGACAUCUUCGUACCAACGUACCCGGACGACACCACCCGAUGUCCCCCGUCCACCACUGCCUUGCCCCACACGCCGACAAACAGCACUGACCGCACUCCUGAUCCUCCACUACCAUCCUGCUCCGUCGCCUCAAUACCCGCUGCGACGGGUACUGCACACACCGCCACUGCACGCAAUCUUAACACAUCGAAAAACAUUAACCUCACCACCAACAACACCAGCGAUGUGGACUCGAUCCAUACCUGUCCUCACUGCGACCGCGCCUUUACCUCACACACCGGCCUGAUCAGUCACCUGCAAAUCCAUCGCACAGAGACUGGCGAGCCAGUGCCUGGUACACCAACCUACACUCGCCGCAUUCGCCCCCACUAUCCACACACAAUAGUGCGACCGUCGCGUCCGACGAUGUCCGCCGUAUGUUCACAGCAGGUGGGGCAGGACAAUCAACUUGUCCGCCUUCGACACAGUCGCCAAGAGGGCGUGCAGGUCCUUGUAGAAUUUGUCCUUUGCGGCGGCGUCGGGGUUGGUCAUCGUCGGAGCGUAGGCGCUGAUGAUGGUGGCGAAUUUGCUCCCAGAGAGGCAGACGGAGGCUCAUCAGGCGAUCGUUAA